CACAAUCAACAACAGAUACUGGUGUUAAUAACGCCAUGCAGCCAGAUACAGACAAAACCAGGGGACGACUUAGGAAACCAGACAUGGUUCUGUAUGUCCCAAGAGCAAAACGUGAGAUGGCAGCCUCAAAAAGUGGCACUUCUGUGACCACCAAAUGUGGGAGGGAAAGUCCCUGCACCACCAUAGUGAAGGACAGUGUUAAAGCGUGUGAGACAGGACAAAACCCUAAAACUAGGAAAGAGUUGCUUCAGAAUGAUCAGGGGAAAGCCAAGUCUCCUCAAAAACAGAGAAGAACUUUUUCCCAAGACUCAAGUCAUAAUGAUGCAUUCUGCCAAAAAAACCUAGGCACAAAGGCUCAGGGAGAGAAGAGUCCAAAGUUCCAUCAGAAGGCCACAUCACAUCAGUUGUUCCCUUCCUCUAGCUUCCCAGACCCAACUCUUACUGGAGUGAAUGAAACAGAGACAUAUGAGUGCUGUACUACACAAUCUGCUGUCUCGGGGGAAAGAAUGGCAGAUUUCCAGCCAGAGAUCAGUAGUAUCAACAUCUCAUGGAAAAACAAGCGUAAGAACCCAUCAGAAAAGCAGGUCACCAGCAGGACCAGGAGGGCAGCAGUUGUCUCAAAAGAAGCAGGACUGGGUGAAGAGAGUACGCGGACUUUCUUGGAACAGAAAAUGCUAAGCGAAGAUAGCAAGCUACUUUGCAAGAACAACAGAGCAAAGCCUUUAAGUAAAGGUGGUUCAGUAUUGACUGGAAUAAGUGAGAACAGUAUAUCUGGAAAUGCAGACAAGAGGAUUCCAGAAAACAUAGAGACAUAUAAGGGUAGUUCAUCCAUCUGCACAGAGGAAGGAAACUCUGAUUCAGCAUCCAUAAGUAACUGUGGUUUGCUGGAGCACAUUGAUAAAAGCAAUCUGUUUCCUAUGGAGAUAACUAAGUAUAAUAGAUGCAAAUGUAUAGAGCAAAGCAACGCCAGUCAAACAGCAAUGAGUGACAAUGGCAUCUUAGAAUAUGCCGUGGUAGAGCCAAAGGAAUGUGAUAGAUUUGAAGAUGCAAAGGAGAGCAUUCCUGCUCCAGCACAAGCAAAUGAGCAUGGUGACAAGAAUGAGAGAGGUAUCUCCCAUCAUUCAGUUAAAUUUAUCUCUGAUCAGGUUGGAGUGAGCUCAGAUAAUUUGAAUGCUGAUAGUAGUGGGAACAUUUUAAUUCAGGUGGAGACACAUAACCUCAUGGAGAAUGCAGAACAGUUUCCAGAUAAUUCAAAUGUGUCUAUAGGUGUUAGUUGUUCAGACAGGACUUCUGAGAAGAUAGAAGAUCUUUCCAAUUGUGUCUUUAAGGUAGCAGGUGAUGAAAAGUUACAGGCAUGUGAUAGUGAACAUGAUAAGGAGAAAAGCCUCUGUCAUGAGACAGGCCAGUGUAAAGUUGAGGCAAACAGUGUAACAUUUGAGGAAAAGGCUACACUGACAACAGCGGAAAGCAUUUUGGACUUGGUUGACCAGAGCACUGAGAGCAGAAGUAGUGUGGAGCCAAUUUGUCCUUCCAAGGAGACUACCAGCUGGUCGCUGAAAUCUGCCUCUGAGAAGAUGGCAUGUUGUCCAGGAAGCAUAUUGGAGAGAAUAGGAACGCCCUUAGGAGUGGAAAAGCCAACUUUGGGAGAACUGCAGUAUCCCUCUGAAGACAAAGGAGAAGAACCACCCACAAAUUGUGUGCCAUCUAGUUCGGAAGAAACCACCAAGACCAGCACUGGUCCUGUAAAUCACAGCGAGGCUGACAACAUGGCAGAUGAGAGCUGGGAUGCCCUGUUUAAUGAUGAUGGGGAUUGCUUGGAUCCACAAUUAUUGGAGCAGCUGUCUACCUGCACUCUCCGUGGCACAAGGCUACAGGAGCCGCAUUUUGAUUAUUACAACUAUUCUCCAGCUGAUCAGGACACGAGUGACUCUGAGCUGCCACAUGUCAUUGAAAUCUAUGACUUCCCACCAGAAUUCCGCACUGAGGAUCUACUGGGUGUCUUCUGCCAUUACCAGAAAAAAGGCUUUGACAUUAAAUGGAUAGAUGACACACAUGCUCUGGGUAUCUUCUCCAGUCCUAUCACAGCACGAGACGCUCUCAAUACCAAACAUCUGAUGGUGAAAACCCGCCCCCUGUCACAAGCUACACAAGCUGCAAGGACCAAAGCCAGAGCUUAUGCAGAAUUCCUGCAACCCGCCAAAGAGCGUCCUGAGACCUCAGCUGCUCUGGCCAGGAGACUGGUGACAGGUGCCCUCGGUGUGCGAAGCAAGCAGAGCAAGGCCGAACGUGAAGCUGAACGCAAGCAGUUACAAGCAGCUCGAGAGCGGAAGCUCUUGGAGGCCAAGCAAAAGGAAGAUGCCUGGGAAGGUCGUGAGCCAGUGUGAGAAGAGGAAAGUUGAUCAGGCCUGCUUGAAAACUUCACGGAGUGGAAUUGACAAAUGGCAGCUUGUGCUUACAGCAUUGAGGGAAUCUACCAUCCCCUUUGAGGGGGGAAGCAAUAAGAUAUGGGGAGUUGUGAGUGCAUUGGAGUAGCCAGACAUGCCAGGGUGACUCAUGUGAACCCAAGCUACUGGGUUGACUGGAAGACCGUGAAAGAGUGGGACUGGAGUCUGGCAGUACCUCAGGAAGAGCUGCUAUAUUGUUAGCAGUCCUGCCAGUGCUGUUCUGAAUGCCAUAGAAUGUAAUCCAAAUGCACUCCUCACAUUAGUUUAAGGCAGCAUGGAUGCAGGCCCUAUCUGUGCUCUGGGUCACUGAAUCAUGUUGUGCUCAGUGGGAUGGGACUGAAUUGCGAUAGCUUUUAGAUCAGGCCCACUAGGAUGGCCAGGUGCCCAAUGCUGAGCUUGCUAUUAAAG